GCUGCCCCCCAAAUCUUGUCGCUCGCCGGUUUCCUUAAGACGAAACAGAACUCCAUCCCGUUGCAUCCGAGCUGCAGAUCUGCCCAUGUCCAUGCUUACUUAGCUUGUAAAUUGGCGACAGACAUCCUUUCAGCGCUGCAUUGGCAUUCUCGAGCUUUGCAAAUUCCAUUUCCAACCGUGAAGCGGGUUUUCUUCCGUUGCUGAACCUUCAACCCUCUCAGACGUCGCCGCAAAUCACACACCGCCAUGUAUCCCGGACAGCCCCCACAGCAGAAUCCCCGCCAAAAUCGACCUCAGCAACCUCGACUCCAGCUACCAGACCGGCAGCACAAACGCUUUUCAUGGCAGGCCUCGACCGAGGACGUAUCGAAGCUGGGGAAUGGCCACCGGGCUACAGGGUCCGUGGACAGCCAGUGGUCAUACGAAGAGACUCCAGUCCACAUGAGGCACCCGAGAGAUCCCAUUCAACGACUCGCACGCGAACCCGAUAUGAGCACCAUAGCUCAAUCACCAGUCACGCCCAUAGACACACGACCUCAAUCUAUCUUCAAUGCACAGAUACCUCAGACAACGCAAGCACCGGCAUAUUCUGCGACCGAAUAUCCCCCCGAGAAGUCUGGCUCGGCUUUCCAGGGACCUCCUCCACCACAGGCACCUCAUCCAGCAUCUCAUCCACCACAAUCGCCCGUAAGCCCACUGCCAGUUGGGUAUCCCCAAGAGAAGCCCUCUUCUCCCUACAACGUCCCGCCUCCUUCGCAAACACAUCCGGCAAUGUACGCACCAAUUGUCGAAUCUAGAACACCCGUAUCGCCGCUCCCCCAGCACCAACGAGCAUCUCAGUACGCACCUGCCGCUGAAGCCAGAACACCCGUAUCACCCUACCGCCAAAGCAUGCCUCGCCAGAGCAUGCCCUUCAUGCUCACUCCGAUCCAAAUUCCCUCCUACACUCGCCAACGCACCCCCAACCAAACCCCCAUCACGCCCUCCCGCAUCCCGGACCUCCCCACCAACACCAAGACCCCUAUCACCCCCCACUCCCCCGCCCCCUUCAACUCCCACACCCCAGUCUCCCCACCUCACUCUCCCGGUGCCCUCCCGCUCAAGAAGCCAAUCGAUUUCGACCUUCCCUCACCCACCUUCAUGAACCGCCAGCGCCCACUCUCCGCCCACAACGACACCCCUUACUCCCCCACCUCCGCCGUCUCAGCGCACAUUCCUGUAUUCUCGCCCAACGCGCCGACAGGGCCCAACGGGCUGGAGCUAGAGCGGCAUCAACCGGGGCAGAUCGCGCACCCGAAUAUGGAUUUGAGUGCGCGAGGGGAAUCGCAUGAGUGGAAGCAUGGACUUUGCGAGUGCGGUGGGGAUGUGGGGACGUGUAUGACGGGGCUGUUUUGCCCGUGCGUGCUUUAUGGACGGACGGCGUAUCGGCUGAGUCAGAGGAGUCAGAAGAAGGACCCGACGGAGCUGCUGGGGUACAGUGCGUUUAAUGGGCAGUGUGGGGUUAUGGCGAGUGCGUGUGGGAUGUGGUGCUUGUUCCCGCUAGUCCAAAGAACACGCCUCAGGCAUCUCUAUAAACUCACCGGCUCCCUCUUCUCCGACAUCGGAAAGGCGUGCUGUUGCUGCUGUUGUGUGGCUAUCCAGAACGAGAGGGAGAUCAGGGAUCGAGAGGAGAGUUCGAGACGGUGGGCCGGGCCGGCGAAUACGGAGACGUAUACUGCGCCCGGGCAGAUGGUGUACGCGCCGCCGCCGAGGGGGUAAGGCCCUCAAACCCGCUUUCGGAUUAGAGCAUUGGUGAAGGAAGAAAAGAGUACGAUUAAAUGUGAACGAGAUGGGGAGGAAGAGAGAGAUGUUACUGCUUGUUGAUACCCACUUUCUUAUCUACUUUCUGAUGCUUUUGUUACUGUAACGACUUUAUGUAUCAUGAGCGGUCUUCCUGAUUUGUUUUGUUAGAUGAAACGUGGCAGCGUAGUGUAGUGAUUAUUUUUGCAAUGUCCAUACCCCUCUUCGUUCGUCUUCAAACCCUUGUAUGCUAAGGAUCAUAGUCUUGCAUCAACUUCGAGCAUCAUGACGUUUCCUACCAGUGACGGUUCCCACCUUCAGCAAAAUGUCAUUUACUAUGCUAGGGAUCAGCACUCUCUGUAUCAUCUAUCUACCAGCACCCC